AUGAGAAAGUCGAAGAUUCUUUGUCUCCAUGGUGGCAGAUCCAAUAAUGAUGUUACCCAGUUUCAAACAGCAGGACUGAAACUUUCCACUCGAGCGGAUUGUCAUUACUUGCAUGCACCACACGAAGCGAAUCGAUGUUACCCUGGUUUGGAAAAUUUUGUCAGUCCACCAUUUUGGACUUGGUCAGAGGCUUCCGACAGUGCUAGUGAACAAUGGGACAAGAGCUUGGAAUCAAUUGCUGAAUACUGCCGAAAAGAGGGUCCUUUUGACGCAGUCUUUGGCUUUUCUCAAGGCGCUGCAAUGAUCACGCAAUUUUCAUAUCCUUCCAUUUGGAAGGAACGCUUUGGUUUUCGAUCGUGUCCUUGGAAAUCUGCAAUUUUGGCUUGUGGUGGUGCAGCAAGCAACGUCGCAAAUGACUACCAAGCCAAGAUUGAUAUUCCUUCCUUGCAUAUCAUGGGAUCUGCUGAUCCCUAUCUAGCUGAGAGUAAACUGCUGCUUGAACGGUGGACUGAUGGAAGUGCAAGAACGUAUACUCAUCAAAAAGGGCAUGAAAUUGAUUUGAUGAUACUGUCUCGAGAAGAAGAGCUCGCGAUAGUGCUGGAUGAAUUCCUGAUAAGCAUGUCUAUAUUCUAG